UCCUCUCGUUCCUCGUUCAAGCUCACACAGAGACACAGAGAGAGAGAGAGAGAGAGAGCGCUAAAGAGGGUGUUCGAGACGAAACCCUCGAUUCUCUGCCUUCGUCUUCUUCGAUGGUGUUUGGUGAAAGGCUGCCUGUCAGCUGCCGACCCGAAGCUCCGGUGAUGCCUCGCCGUCCCCAGACCGGCGGUGACUAGGCCCCCGGAUCCGACGGAUCUGAUAUCCGGUGGUGAUCUCUUAUGGCAUCAGCCCUACUGGCCAGUCGAAUCGAACCUUCCUGGGGUGACCGCAAGGUGUAUAUGAGGAAAUACACCUCCAAUUCUGCCACCGAUCACAACAGCCCUCUCUUCAUUUCUAACCCUAACCCUAGCUCGGCCGCUGUCAGGCAGCAGAUCCAUGACCCGUCUUCCCGUUUCCGGCACGAUGAUGACCACGCAGCAGCCGUCGGAAUCGACGACGAGGCUGCCUCGUUUGCCCCCUCCCGGUCCUCGAGGUUCGACGCCUCCGAGUACGUGACCUUCAGUCUUGGUGAUUUCUCCAGAUCGGAGCUCAGGGACCUCAAGAAGCGCCUGCUGAUGGAGCUCGAUCAGGUCCGCAUCCUCAGAUCUCGACUGGAGACUGCCAAUUAUGAGAGCAGGCCUGCCUACCCGACAUCCCAAUUCUCUGCCACGACCCGGCGCUCUCCAGAUGCGGUGGCGGAGUCCCCCAGGCCCAAGCACAAGGAGAUCACGGGGAAGGCCGGCACCAACAAGAAAGGCGUGAAGAGGGUCAACCCCUAUGGCCCUGACAAGGAGACGAAGAAGCCUACUCCGGCCUUGGCCCCUCCCCCGUUGGAUCCCAUAACUGAGCGCCUUGUUCCAAGCAUUAUGAAGCGGUGCAGCCAGAUCUUGGGCAAGCUGAUGAAGCACAAGCACGGGUGGGUCUUCAACACUCCCGUCGACGCUGCGGGCCUAGGGCUCCACGACUACCACCAAAUUAUCAAGAACCCCAUGGAUCUUGGAACUGUGAAGUCGAAGCUCGAGAGGGACCUGUACCGGACUCCGCAGGAUUUUGCUGCGGAUGUGAGGUUGACCUUCAGCAAUGCCUUGCUGUAUAACCCUAAAGGAACUGACGUAAACGUUAUGGCGGAGACCCUGUUGUUGCAAUUCGACCAGAUGUUUGAUCCGGCAUACAAGAAGUUCGAGAAGGAGCGGCAGAGGGCUUUGGCUGAGGCAGCUGCUGCUGAGUCGAAGCCGCCAGCAGUUUGGGCGGAGGAGUCCGUUAUGGAAAGUGUUAGAAGGGAGCCCGAGCCAGUCCCAGUCGAGAAGAAGCAGAGUUUGAACCAGAACCUGAACCCAAGUCCGAAGCAGAGCCAACCACCGGCAUUGUCUAGUCAGGAACAGGCACCCGACCCUACAGCAGCCCCCUCCUCAGGAGGGAAACGGGCAAAGGUGGGAAAGCUGCCAAAGCCCAAGGCAAAGGACCCGAACAAGAGGGAGAUGACGCUGGAGGAGAAGGCGAAGCUAGGGAUGAACUUGCAGAACUUGCCGCCUGAGAAAAUGGGGCAGCUGGUGAACAUUAUUAGGAAGAGGAACAAGCACUUUGCUCAGGACGGUGACGAGAUAGAGUUAGACAUUGAAGCAGUGGAUACCGAGACCUUGUGGGAGCUCGAUCGCUUCGUCUGCAAUUAUAAGAAGUUGGUCAGCAAGAUCAAGCGGCAAGGCCUCAUCCACAACCAGGUUUCAGCCUCGGAAAUCACUCACAAGUCACCUGUGAGAGAAGCCCCUGAAGCUGCAAUGCUACCGCACAAAGGGAAGAGGGGAGAUACUGGAGGAGGCGGUGAGGAGGAUGUAGAUAUCGGGGAUGAGAUGCCGAUGGGGAAUUACCCACCCGUCGAGAUCGAGAGGGACGAUGCAAGGUCAAACAGCUCUAGCAGUUCGAGCUCCAGCAGCGAUUCCUCUUCAUCCAGCGAUUCAGAUUCAAGGAGUUCUGGGAGCGACUCGGAUGCAGACAGCGUCCAAUCGCCCUUUGUUGGAUCAAAAGGAGCCCACGGGAGCUAGUUGAGCGCAAUGUUCUCACGGAUUGGGCGACACCAAUCUAGUCUUCUGGGCCUUUUGCAUUGAUCAAACUCUCGGAGGGCGAAUUUGCUUGGUGGCGGUGGACGAGGAAGGGGAAAGGAAGUGGGUGGGGUGGUGAUUGAUCGGGGUGGGGGGUGAAGUUGUAGCAUUUUGUAAAGAGUAACGAGUGACUAGGGAGAAGAAAAAGGAACCAGUAAGUUUUUAUUCAUAGAGGGGGUUUUUCUUUCUCUUAAAAAUUUUCUUUGUAGGGAAAUGUUGGAAUUUAAGAGCAGGGAGUUAGGGUUUGUUUUUCUUUCUUAAUUGCAGUUUUAUUUUUAUUUUAGUUUUAGAUAGGAGUGUGGGACUGGAGAUGGAAGAACAAAGCUGGAAAGGAGAUGGAUGAAGAAGAAGAAGAAGACUAGAAGGGGGAGUAGGGUGGGUCUUGGUGGUGAGAUAUUUUUUGUAUCAUACAAGCAAAAGAGAGGGGGGAGGCCACUGUGGGAUUCAUUGAUCAUAGUGGUUUCUUGAAGAAGUUUGCUGCACAGCCUCAAUGAAAGAAAAAAAAGACAGAACAUCAUUGUACUUAGUAGUGAGAGAGAACUGAUGAUGAAAAAUUGCAAAAGAAAUCUGGCCCCCGGUUUUGCUCUGCUUGUCCCA